AUGUUCUCCGCCCGAUGUCUACUCCGCUCGUGCAUUUCUGCCCUUAACGCUGGCGGCUCGUCGUCCCUCGCGUCAUCCUCGUCGGCCCCCUGCGUCCUCCCCCAUGCUCUGACCCGCGCACGACAAUAUGCCACCGAGGCAACGCUCUCGCAGCAGUCCCCCUCGGAGGUCAACGCCGCCCUCGCGCGAACGUCCGUUCUCUACAAAACCUACAAGCCUGUCUCGCCUGGUAUUCGUCACCUCAAGCGGCCGCUCUCGCCGCACCUCUACGCAGGACGGCCCCUCCGCGAGUUGACCGUCGCUCUCCGAAAACGCGGUGGACGCAACAACCACGGUCACAUCACCGUCCGCCACCGUGGAGGCGGUCACAAACAGCGCAUACGCAUCAUCGACUUCAUGCGGAUGGAGUCGGGUCCGUGCGACGUUGUCCGUGUCGAGUACGACCCCGGUCGCUCUGCCCAUAUUGCGCUCAUCAAGAACCGCAAUCCUGACCUGUGCGGGGGAAAGGUCUGGAGCUACAUCCUGGCCCCGGACACCCUGCGCGCUGGAGACGUCGUGGAAAGUUUCCGUCAGGGCAUCCCGGACGGUCUCGUGCCCGGCUUCGUGGAUUCGAAGGACGUUCGUGGCAAGGUUCUCGAGACCAAGAGCGACGAAGGCAGCUCGCAGACGCAAACCGCCUCCACCGCGUCGCUUGCGCUCGGUGUGCUGCGUUCUAUCACCAUCAAACCCGGCAACGUCGUGCCUAUGCGGCUCAUCCCUCCCGGCACCAUCAUCCACAACAUCGCGCUGAACCCGCAAGGGCGCGCGCUCCUCGUCCGGUCCGCUGGCACGUUCGGCCAGGUUGUCGCGCACGAGGACUCGGGCAAGUACACCCAGGUCCGUCUGCAAAGCGGUGAGGUGCGCAAGGUCCUCCAGGACUGCGUCGCCACCGUCGGCAAGGUCAGCAACCCGCUCUGGAAGAACCGUAACCUGGGCAAGGCCGGUCGGAGUCGCUGGCUCGGCCGGAGGCCUAGCGUCCGUGGUAUGGCCAUGAACAGGUGUGAUCACCCUCACGGUGGUGGCCGUGGAAAGUCCAAGGGUAACAAGCAGCCACGCUCCAUCUGGGGUUGGCUCGCCAAGGGCGUGCGUACGCGCAAGCCUGGUCCCAAGGGCCCGAAGAACAGCAACAAGAUGGUUAUCCGCGAGCGUCCUCGUGGCAAGGAGAAGCGGGGUCUCUAA